UCACAUAAUAGGACUUUCUUGGUAUAUUAUAAUUCCUUUUUUUUUUCCAUAUACAGACUACACUAGCAUUUUGGAAUUGGGGGUAGGUUGUAAUAUACCAAGCAGAGAGAGGAGAGGGAGAGAGCAGACGGAGAGAGAUGAGGAAUUCCAAAGAAUCAAACUCAGAUGUUCACGCAGCGGCUCGAGCAGGAGAUUUAAGCGGCGUGCAACUCAUAUGUUCCACCAAUCCUUUGGCUGUCAAUUCUAGAGAUAAGCACUCCAGAACCCCACUACAUUUAGCAGCAUGGGCAGGACAAGCACAAGUGGUGAGUUAUUUAUGUGAGAAUAAAGCUGAUGUCGGCGCUGCAGCCAUGGAUGAUAUGGGUGCUAUUCACUUUGCUGCUCAGAAAGGUCAUUUGAAAGUUGUUCAGAUCCUUAUUUCUUCUGGGGUUUCCACCAAAUCAGCCAAUCGCAAGGGCAUGACAGCCCUUCACUAUGCUGCACAAGGCUCUAGCUUGGAACUUGUAAAGUACUUAGUUAAGAAAGGUGCAAAUCUAAAUGCUAAGACCAAAGCUGGUAAAACUCCUUUUGAUCUUGCGAGCAGUGAAGAAAUCCGCUCAUUUUUAGUAGAGAGUGUUUGUAUAUCAAAAGACAGUGCUGCAGAUGGUGAGAAGAAACCUGAAGAUGUACCAAAAAUAUCCAUGGACAACGAGGAGGUUACCAAGACAGAAACUGCUGUGUCCAUGUCUGAAACUGUUGAUCUUGUGAAAGAUGAAUCUACAAAAAGAAAGAAUGAUAGCGAAGACGAAUCAAAGGAGGAUUUUUCUGCACCAAAGAAGCCAAAGAUUUCCCUUAAUCAUCUGCUAGCAUCAGACGACACACAGGAAGAAGAAGAUAACUUGUAGGCAUCUAAUACUGUUACUAUAUUUUUAACUUUCUAGUCAUUUACCUAGAAUGUCUCAAAGUACUGUUGCUUAAGCAAUAUGCAAAGUUGUUAACAUAGUCUAUUUUCAUGUGCUCUUGGAAGAUGUAAACUAUCUGCAUGUAUUGGACGUAAAUCUGGUUGUUGAGCUUGCGUAUGAGAGUAUUGUGAUGUUAACAUUUCUUUCGUCCGAUAAAGUUUUUAUUUGGUAUGUGGCCCA